AUGCCUCAAAAAUCUUCUAAAUCAGCUGCCGCAAAAAAUAGAAAUAAUAAACAAAAUCAAAAUUCAGAUACAGGCCAAUUUACAUUUACUACUAAAAGUAAUGAUGAAUACUUGCCCUCUUGUGAAUAUUCUGAAGAUAGUUCAGAUGAUGAUUUUGUUGCUGAAAAAUUCCAACAAUUAAGUGAAUCAAAAAAAUUAAUAUGGACUAAAGAAGCAGAU